AGUGGGAGACACAGUGUUGUUGCACGUCCCUCUGACUAUUUUCUCUAUAUUAUUUAUCCGUAAGUUGUGGCACCGCAUUGUUUAUAAGAGAACACGUGCAUGUGAAGUUAUUUUAAAGAACGGCUUGCUAACUUUUGCAGUUUGGAUCCACCUGGAUGUUGAGUGCCCGGGCUCUGUUUGGGAUCGGCUUCCUGGUGACCUCAAGGGCCACGGUGGUCCUCGCUCAGACAGGGACAUGUCCGCUGUCCGCUGCAGCUAACAACCACAAGAAGGACUGUUUCACUAGCAGACCAGCAUCCACCAUGGCCAAGACUAUCAAAUAUCUCGGGCAGGAGGAGGCCCAGCACAUUGAUGAGGAGCUCUUCAGUGAGUAUGGCUUCAGUGUGGACCAGCUGAUGGAGCUGGCUGGACUCAGCUGUGCCACAGCCAUCGCCAGGGCUUAUCCAAUCAACUCCCUGGUCAAGGCCAGACCUUCUCUGCUGGUGAUUUGUGGACCUGGUAACAAUGGAGGCGACGGCCUGGUCUGUGCACGACAUCUUAAACUCUUUGGUUACGAGCCGACCGUCCUGUACCCGAAGAGGCCAAACAAGCCUCUGUUCCAGGGCCUGACCACGCAGUGCCAGAAAAUGGAGAUCCCCUUCCUGACUGAGAUGCCUGAGGCUGCAGUGAUCGAUGAGGCCUACAACCUGGUGAUAGACGCCAUCUUCGGCUUCAGCUUUAAGGGUGCGGUGCGAGAGCCUUUUGGUUCCAUCCUGGACGUGCUGAAGAAGACGACAGCCCCUGUGGCCAGCAUCGACAUCCCCUCAGGUUGGGAUGUGGAGCAGGGCAGCGCAGAUGGACUGCAGCCUGACAUGCUCAUCUCUCUCACUGCUCCCAAGAAGUCUGCCAGUUUGUUCAGAGGACGAUACCACUUCCUGGGAGGCCGGUUUGUGCCACCGGGCCUGGAGAGGAAGUACCAGCUCAACCUGCCUCCGUACCCCGGCCUGGACUGUGUGCUACAACUGUAGGGAACGAUGCACCCAAGGGUCGAUGAGAGGAAGAGUCUCGUCUCUAAAUACUAUUGGGGAAAUAAUUCUCAUCUACCUUUUUUUUUCUCAAAGAUUUAUAUGAGAAGUUUGAUACCGCUCUGGAAGUUAUAGCGUAGCUUAGCAUAAAGACUGGAAACGGGUAGCCUGGCCCUGUAAGCGUAACUCUUAAAAUCACAAGUUAACACGUAGCUCGUUUGUUUUUAUUAACACACAACAGAAAUGUAAAAAUGACAAUUUGUAGUUGCACAUGACGUAAGAUCUUUUACAAUUUUUGCCUCCUAACUCCAGCUCUGUACUUAACACUCUGACAUGAGAGUGGUAUCAGUCUGUCGGUCUAACUUUUGGAAAUAAAUCAAAUAGUUGGUAAUUUAAUCGGUUCCCAUUGAGUGGAUGAUGAUGCCUAUAAAUCCAAUAUGGUGCUUAUAAUAGAGCUUUAUUAACUGUAAAAAAUAUUUUUGAAGCAUGAAGCUUUAUCGUUGUGGUUGCUUCAGCUAUAUGAAAAUAAAAACAAACAGAAAGAUGAUCGAGUUAUCUAUGUUAUUAUUAUUUCUGUAACAAAAGCCAUCCAUUUCAACUCUGAAGAAAAUAAGACUUCUGCAUCAAGUGUACUUUUUUCAGUUUUUAUUGUUACAUAUUAAGAUUUCAUUGAAUGUACAA